UCUUCAUCCACUCCGGUGUCAGAUGUUUCUUCCUCUGCUCCAGUAUCCGGCACUUCUAGUUCCUCCGCUCCAACAUCUGGUGAUUCUAGCUCUUCUGAUCCAACUCCAGGAGCAUCCAGUUUCUCUACUCCAGUGUCAGACGCUUCUAGCUCUUCCACUUUCAUUUCCAGUGAUUUAAGUUCCUCCACUCCGGUGUCAAAUGUUUCUUCCUCUGCUCCAGUAUCCGGCACUUCUAGUUCCUCCGCUCCAGCAUCUGGUGAUUCUAGCUCUUCUAAUCCAACUCCAGGUGCAUCCAGUUUCUCCUCUUCUGAAUCAGGUACUUCUAGUUCUUCCCCCACUCCGGUGUCAGAUGUUUCUUCCCCUGCUUCAGUGCCAGAAUCUUCUAGCUCCUCAGAUCCAGUGUCUAUCGCACUAAGCUCUUCUGAUCCAAUAUCUGCUGGUUUGAGCUCUUCUGGUCCAGCUCCUGUUGCAUCAAGUUCCUAUGCUGCCCCAAACUCUUCUGAUAUAGCAUCAGUUCCUUCAAGCCCUUCCGAUCCAACCUCCACCGCUUCAGGUUCUUCAGACUCUGCAUCUGUCGCUCCAAGAUCUUCUGUUACCCCAAACUCGUCUGAUCUAGCAUCCUCUGUUUCAAUUUCCUUCCUGUCAUCGUCUCUUGCUGCUGCAAGCUCCUCUGUUGCAAGCUCUUCUGUUGUGUCCUCACCUACUCCGGCACCUUCUACUACUGAUAACGUUCCAUCACAAGGAGUUUCAUCCAUCAACACCGUCUUUACUGGUAAGAAUGACUUCAUUACCGGCUCUUCUAGGGGCUUGGGCCUUCGCGCUGCCGAGAGCUUAGUCCGCGCUCAGAUCUUCAUUUUCUUUAUAACAUUCAGAAGUGAUGAGGCAACCCGAGAGGCCAAGAAAUACCUUGAAUCGAUCGCCGCCGAACACAAUCCGAAGUGCCAGAUCGUUGGGGUUGCUGUUGAUACGACCAGUGACCUGGGCUUGGAUAUUCUUUAUAAGGCCGUUGUGGCUAAGGUGGAUAGGCUCCACAUCUUGAUCGCUAACACUGGUGAUUUCAAGGGUGGAGUGAUUGAGACUCACCCUAUCUCGGCUUUUCGCGAAGUUUUGGAUGUGAACAUUACCGCGGUCUUUGUUUCCAUUCAAAAGCACUUAAUCUUGAUCACCGAUUCUAUCGCUGGCAUUGGCGCCGAUGUGGGCGGUUGCUACGGGUAUGUCGUCUCCAAAGCUGGAGUAAACCACUUGGAUAGAGCUCUUGCAUUGGAUCUGGGACCACGUAAUAUCACCGUCAAUGUCCUCGCGCCAGGUUUCUUCCGUACCGAAAUGACCGACAGUUUGUUGGACGUUAUGAGAGAUACUUAUGUGGCAAACAACCCAAGAAGGAGAUUAGGAAACUCACAGGAUUUCAUGGGGAUUGUCCAGUUCAUGUGUAGCGGUGUUGGUAGUGAUUACCUCAAUGGUGUCGUUUUGCCAAUUGAUGGUGGGAUCCACUUGGUUGGUCGUCUCUUUGGGCAGUUUGUUUUACGAAUGAUGUACUAA